GAAAGGGAAGUGGGAAACGAGCAGAUGGGGGAGGAAAAAGCCUAAGAAGAAUCAGAGAGGAAAAAAGCCGCUGGGAUGGGGCAGAAUUUGCAACCCCCCCCCUUCCUAAAAAAAAAAAAAUUCAGGAGGAAAAAAAAAGGAAACCAAAAAAGCCUAAGUCUGGAGGAAAUCAAAGCUGCUCUGACUGCGAGUGCCAGCGGAGGGCUGCGGCGGGGAGCAGCCCGGGGGUCCCGGUCCGGCCGCCCCGCUCCCCCCGCCGCCAGCGCAUCCUCCUCUCGGUCCCACUGCCUUUCCUUCCGUCCCGGGGCCGCUCCCGUCCCGCAGCCUCGCCACGAUCCAGCUUCUUUCCGCAAAGCCAAAACCCUCGGGGGAGAGACCCGGCACCUCCCGCAUCCUCCCGCCCGGCGCGGGGCGCGCGGGGGCGGAGGGGCCGCGCCCGCGGAGGACGGAGCGGUGCCCGCCCGGCCCGGGAGCCGCCGGCAGGUAACGGGGCUGCGCGGGGGGCGCAGGGUCCGCGCGGGGGGCGCAGCGGGAGCUUUGCGCGGGUUCUCCCGCGGGUCAAAGUUGCCAGGAGACAGAAGUCACCGCGGGCCAUGCCCUGCAUCUCCCUCCAGCCACAGCAGCUCACGGCCCUUCUGUCCCUGCUCCACACACCCUGCUGAGAACAGGACCGGUGUGAGUGAGACUGGCAGGAGCUCCAGAGAAGGCUACGGCUGAUGUAACCAAGAUUAGGACGUCACUCGGUUAUUAAUGAUAAUAAUUAUUAUUGGCAAGCGAGCUAUUUCCUUGCAAAACCCCAUCCUGGAGCUGUGGAGUCGGCAGAGAUGCAUCUCAGCAGGGCGGGAGCUGGCAGGUGCCCUUCGGCUGCCUCUUCCCAGCCUCAGUUGUCAUGACUGAAAUGCACCUUUCUUCCCUGACAGCCUUGUGAAAAUAAGGGAGAGAGACACAACUUAGAAAAGGACACUUGAGCAGUCACUGUACUUUUCUGAAAUAUCCUCGCAGCAUUCCCUUUCCACUGGGGGCGAACGUUCCCCCCACUGCAGUCCUUGCACAGCAGGCAUUCAAUGCUCCAGUUAGCCUGCAGUGCGAACCAGCCCCUUCCCUCUCCAACAGAAGUGGCAACGGUGGAGAGAAAGAGGGAGUUUUCUUCCAAAGCUCGCUCUGCCUGUCCAGAAAGAAAUAUUCCCAGCUUUAAUAGUCUCUGUGUCUCCAGCAAUCUACAGCAAGGGCAAAAGCAAUAAAUAGUGCAAGGGCAAGGGAAACUCUCUUGUAAUUAUUAUAGAUGGGAGCUGUUUCCCAGCUCUCUCGGUUUACUUAGAGCUAGGGAAUGGUUUAAAGGUUCUGGAUCCGAGUGUGGAAAGGGUUUGUACACAGCCAGUGCCUGGAUUCCAGCUGCAUUCCUGCCUAAAAGCCCCGGCAAACCCAGCUCCCGCUGGGCACUCACCCCCGGCUCCCCGGGGAGGGGAAUCGCCUCCAGCUGCCUGUUACUGGGGCAGGAGAACGUGGGAACCCAAGUGUGGGAGGGGGAGCAGCGAGGCACGAGCAGGGCCGGGAUGUGAUUAAUCCGUGACGCAAAACCCACAUGCACUGGGCUGGGAGAGCUGCCAGCCCGGGCUCCGGGGAGAGAUGCCUCCUGUGCCCCUGCCGGGGUGCAGGGCACGGCCCAGGGCUCAGGGACAGCUUCCCACGGGGCAUCCUGCCUUUGGGGGCCCCAACAGA